AGUACAGAUCGUUAGGCAGGUGUACAGUUCAGAUUUUAACUUGUACUUGUUUUGUAUAAUGACAGUUUUGUGUACUUGUGUCUUCUAUUAUUAACUAUGUGUUGGAGUAAGCUCUUCAGUUCAAAAUCGAGUGACUUCGAGAACGAAGCUCUUGAAGUUCACAAUGAGUACAGAAGAGAACAUGGUACGGAACCCCUGAUUUUAAACAAAGAAAUCAGUAAGGUCAGCCAAAAAUGGGCAGAGGACCUAGCAAAACGCGACGAAAUGGAAUACAGCCACAACAAAAACUACGGUGAAAACAUUUAUUGCGGCUGGACUACAGAUACAAACACAAAAAUAAAAGCCAGAGAUUGUGUAGACAGAUGGUAUGGUGAAAUCAAUCAAUACUCAUUUGGUAGAGAACCAGAAGUAUUAAAAUGCGGUCACUUCACACAAUUAAUAUGGAAAACUACAAGAGAAAUAGGUAUAGGUAGCGCUAAGAGUAAAUCUGGAAAGCUUUAUGUUGUAGCUCAUUAUUAUCCACCUGGUAAUUUUAGUAAACAAUUUGUAAAAAAUGUACCCCCACCUGGAGCUCUACAAUUCAAAUCGAAUUCGGGUACGAAAAAUUCUGAACUGCCAAAAGGAUCAAACAACAAUAUAUCAACUUCAACUCCUACUCAGCGUAAUAGUAAGAUUGGCGAAUUAGCGACAGAUUUGGUAAGUAAACUGAAAUCGACGUCAGUUUCUGGUGAUAACUUUGAGGAAGAAUUUUUGAAAGCCCAUAACGACUACAGAAGAAAUCACGGAGUAGCGCCUUUAAAGUUGAAUAAAAAGUUAUGUAAAUACGCAGACGAGUGGGCUAAAGUAUUGGUCAAGAAAGGUAAAAUGGAGCACAGAGACCAAGACGAUUACGGUGAAAAUAUAUUUUAUGCAUGGUCCUCUAAUCCAAAUUUCGAAAUAACCGGCAAGGAUCCAGUAGAAAAAUGGUAUAGUGAAAUAAAAGAUCACAAAUUUGGCAAAGAGCCUACUAAUUUAGGAACAGGACACUUUACUCAAGUCAUUUGGGAGGAUACGCAAGAGCUAGGUGUGGGUAUGGCGAGGUCCAAAGAUGGCCAUAUCUACGUUGUAGGAAAUUAUUUCCCCCCCGGCAAUGUUGUCGGCAGUUUUGCACAGAAAGUACGUCCGCCUCUUAAUUAAACUUUCUUCCAGUUCUAUUAGAUAUUUAUGAAUAUUUUUUCAAUAGCCAAAGAUACAUUCCAAAUAGUUACUUCCUAUU